UUUUCUUUGACACCAAACUGAUUCAGUAUCGAAUAUAACGUUACGCUCUGUCAGGUGGGAGAGUGAAGACCAGAUAAGAGAAUGUCUUCUCCCUUCAUCUCCAGUCUCACAGAUACUUUCUUUCAGAAAUGUAUCCUCCAGGUGAAGUUCUUCUCCAGACUCCUCUUUUGUUCUUCAGUCUGACUCGAGGGUGUAUAUUAGUUUCUGCUCAGCACUGCUCUCCAGCAUUCACUCUGGAGUCACCAUGGCGACCACAAUGCUGGGACUUCUGGGAGUUUUUCUCUUUAUUUUUACCACAAACACACAACUACAAGUGUCGGCCGACUUCAACAUCAGCAAGGUGGAAGGAAAGUGGUACCAGACAGGUGUAGCCACCAACGCCAAGUGGUUCACAGACAGUAAAUGGAUGAAGAAGGUGUCUGUCGCUAUCCUGACUCCCACUGCUAACGGAGACGUGAACAUGAACGGCUCAGUGAUCCUGACUGAGAACAGUAAAGACACAUCCUGUCUGAGGUUUAAUCUUUUUCUGAAGAAAACCAAAACCACAGGAAAAUUUAUCCUCUACAACACCCGUUUCCAGACUAGGAAUGAUUUGUAAUGCGUUUUGGAUGUGAAGUAUGAUGAAUACAUAAUCGUCCAGAACAGAUGGAACAUAAAGGAAGGAGUCGUCUUCAUAAACAAGCUCUUAACCCGUACGCCAGUGGUCAAUCCAUUAAUUAAGCAGAAGUUCAUGCAGAUUUCCAAAUCAAACAAAAACACUGCAGAGAAGAUCGUCAUCCUCCCGAUGAAGGGUGAAUGUGUUUGAGGAUGGGACACUGACCCCUGUUGCAGUCUUCACUUUAGCUUCACAGAUAAAUUACAGUUAGCCUCCUGAUGACCGUUUCACCUCCUCUUCUCUACAGAGGGACUUUAAACAUGUCUACAGCUUCAAACAAUAAAGAAAUGAUUACUGCUGUCUGUGGGUUGUGGCUUUUAUUUUUAGUCUUUCUGCUCCUGUAUUUUACAGAAAUGUGUAGAUAUGUUUAUUAAAAGCAGACAGAAAC